UUAUGUCAUACAGUUUCAGAGAAACAAAACUUAACUCUGUCUCUGUCAGUGUGAGCAGUAAAAUGGCUGAAGGUGGAGGUUUACUGGAUCAGGACCAGUUCAGCUGUCCAAUCUGUCUGGAUCUGCUGACGGAUCCGGUGACUAUUCCCUGUGGACACAGUUUCUGUUUGGGCUGUAUUAAGGGCUACUGGGAUCAGGAUGAUAAUACUGGUGUCUACAGCUGUCCCCAGUGCAGACAGACCUUCACUCCAAGGCCUGUUCUGGGCAGAAACAUCAUGUUGGCUGAAGUGGUGGAGAACCUGAAGAAGACAGGAUUCCAAACUGCUCCUCCUGCUCACUGUUACGCUGGACCUGGAGACGUGGCGUGUGAUUUCUGCACUGGGAGAAAGUGCAAAGCCGUCAAGUCCUGUCUGAUGUGUCUGGCCUCUUACUGCGAAACUCACCUCCAGCCUCACUAUGAAUUUCCUGCGUUAAAGAAGCACAAACUGGUCAAAGCUAUUGGAAACCUGCAGGAGAAGAUCUGCUGUCAUCAUGACAAACUGCUGGAGGUUUACUGUCGUACUGAUCAGCAGUGUAUCUGUUAUCAGUGUGUGAUGGAUGAACACAGAGGCCAUGAUACAGUCUCAGCUGCAGCAGAAAGGACUGAGAAACAGAAGCAGCUGGGGGCGACACAGAGAGAAUUCCAGCAGAGAAUCCAGGAGAGAGAGAAGAAGCUGCAGGAUCUGAGACAGACUGUGCAGUCACUCAAGCGCUCUGCACAGGCAGCAGUGGAGGACAGCGAGAGGAUCUUUACUGAGCUGAUCCGCUCCAUUGAAAGAAGGCGCUCUGAGGUGAAAGAGCUGAUCAGAGAUCAGGAGAAGGCUGAAGUGAGUCGGGCUGAAAGACUCAUGGAGCGACUGGCGAAGGAGAUUGCUGAGAUGAGGAGGAGAGAUGCUGAGGUGCAACAGCUUUCACACACAGAGGAUCACAUCCAGUUCCUCCAGAGCUGUCAGCCUCUCUGUGCCCUUCCUGGACCUGGAGACUUGCCCAGCAUCACUGUCAGUCCACACUCUUUCGAGGCUAUGAGGAAAUCUGUCUCUGAACUGAAAGAGCAGCUGGAAGAGUUGAUCAAAGUUUCUGGAAAAGCGAAAGAAGUCAAUAUUCUAGAGCCCAAGACCAGAGAGGACUUCUUACAAUAUUCCUGUCAGCUCACACUGGACCCCAACACAGCACAUCAAUGCCUCCGUCUGUCUAAGGGGAACAGAGAGGUGACCCGUGUGGAAGAGAUCCAUUCAUAUCCUAUUCAUCCAGAGAGAUUUGAGUGCUGGGCCCAAGUGCUGUGCAGAGAGGGUCUGUCUGGAUGCUGUUACUGGGAGGCUGAGUGGAGUGGGCGUGUGGUUUAUAUAGCAGUGUCAUAUAAAGAGAUCAGGAGGAAAGGAGACGGAAAUGAAUGUGCUCUGGGAUAUAAUAACAAGUCCUGGGGUGUGCGCCGUAAUGACUUUGGUUACACUUUCUGGCACAAUAAUGAGCGCACUGAAAUCCAUCCAGGUACACUCCUAUUCCCCAGAAUAGGAGUGUACCUGGAUCACGGGGCAGGAACUCUGUCCUUCUACAGCGUCUCUGACACAAUGACCCUCCUGCACAGAGUCCAGACCACAUUCACUCAGUCCCUCUAUCCUGGGUUUAGGGUUUAUGGUGUUGGAUCCUCUGUAAAACUGUGUGAUCUGGGUUGAGGCAGGGAGUGAGACAGAAAAUGAGUUCAAUUAAAUGAAAUAUUGAACUUUAAGAGAGUAACUGGUUGAAAUAAAAAUGGAAUCCAGACCACAUUCACUCAGCCCAUCUGUUCUGGGGUUUGCUUGCACUCUCAUCACGUUUACGGUGACUAUCUUAUUUUAGUUUGCUGUCACAGCCAAGAUUCAGUUCAAGGUGUUUUAUAAUUCUGUCUGCUGCUUCUUUUUGGAUUGAUUAUGUAAUGAUGCUGGGAAAUUGGGAAUUGAUUAAUAAAAAGAAUAAAAUUAAUAAAAAUGAU